UAUGAUUGGCGAUUGUAAUUCAUGGACAUUUAUCCAGCAUACUAGAUGCAGUAUGCCAGUAUCUUAUGGAUUUAAUGUUUUAGAGAACUAUGACCUAGCUAGUGUUUACUCCUUAAGAGUUAGUAGAUAUUGUCAAGAACCAGUUGGUCCAAUAACUCUAGUUGUUAGGAGAGAUUCAAUCGUGAAUCAUAUACCACAACUAGGGCUGGAAGUUUGGUACCGGUAUUUGGGAUAUACCGAAUACCGUACCAAAUUUGUCUAUAUUUGGCAUUACCGAAUACACGUAGUAUUUUUUGGGAUUGGGAUUGGGAUUGAAUUUCAAUUGUUAUUCGGUAUUAGGGAGUACGGGAUUGGGAUCGGUAUAUACCGAAAUACCGAUCAAUACCGAAAUAUAAGCUAGUAUUUAUUUUCUCCUCUCAAGUAGACUCUCUCAUUCACUACCACACGACCCUCAACCACCAAGAGUGUCAUUUAAUUAUACAUAGAUCAUUUCAUCACUAUUAAUAGUCGUCUCUCAACCUCCAAUUCGUCAAAUUAACGAUAACCAACGACAAGAACUUGAGAUGUCUCCUCUCUUCCAUUCUCCUCAAUAAUAUUCUAAUUCAAAACUCUUUGCUUAGUCUUCCCCCCCCCCCCUAAAUUAAACAAUAAAAUAUAAUUUAUAUAUUUAAUUAUUAAUUGCAAAAGUAAUUAAUUUUGUAUUCGAUAAUAUCGAUUGGGAUACCGAAGUACCGAUUGGGAUACCAAAAUAUUUAGGGGAUAGGGAUACCGAAAUUAUUUAGGGAUUGGGAUUGACUUUAGAGGAUAAUUCGGUAUUCGAGAUUUCGGUAUUUGGUAUUGGGAUACCGAUACCGUACCGAUUUCCACCCCUAACCACAACACUAACACGCCCCCUCAAACGAAAGUCACUCACAAGGGCUUGAAGUUUGCACUGGUGUGAAGACAUGAAUACCAUGUGCUUAACAAAUAGGGGUCACGGAGAAUCGAACACAAGACCUCUCAGUCACUGAAGGCUCUGAUACCAUGUCAAGAACUAGUUGGUCCCAAUAACUCGAGUUGUUAGGAGAGAUUCAAUCGUGGAUCAUAUACCACAACACUAACAGAUAUAAUAUAUAUCAUGUCCUAAAAUUCGGCUACUUCAAGGUCUAUAUAACGUUUUCUCACUUCUGGUAUGAGGUACUGACUCGCCUCUACCGUCACACUAGAAAAUGGCCAAGUGUAACCACCUACUAGAGCGUAGUAUAGCGGGUUUGGGUUUUCAUGUCAACUCGGGUCCUGAGUGUGAUGACUACUCGGUGAAUUCUUAUUAUUUAUAAGUGAAAGUGUAGUGAAGGUCCAAGCAAACAAACAAGCAAAGCAGUAAAAGGUUGUUUUCAAGUUGAGAGAGGUCACCUGGAUAUGGUCCCCCCUAGACUGUAGUUAAACCGAGUUGUAAUUUACCAAGUUCAAGUUCAAAGAUAGUUAUACUGCGGGAGGUUCUUAAACAGUCUGCAGUCUCGACUAAAGGUCUCCAGACCCUCUCAAUCUGAGUCCCCAGCGGGCGACUAACCUCCACCGGAGUAGACAGAUCGAGGCCCUAACGAACCAAACCUCCUCUACCGAAGUAGAUCCGGUACAGAAUAGUGAAUUGACUCCUCGACUAAAGUCGUCAAUUCACUAAGUUAAGCAAGUUAUUAAGUUGGAUCUUCCCAUAAUGUGGGAGAUCACUAAGUUCCUCAAGUAUGUAAGGAAGUACGAGUUAAUUAUAUUUCUCCUUGGGUGAGAGGUUAAUUAAGGCAAGCAUGUGUAAGUCAACAAGUUAAUAAGUAAGAACAAGUUAAUAUCGCUUAGCUAGCCACUUUCACGAUGGAUCACUACUGGACGGCGAUACGUAACACAAUAGUUGAUAAGGCAUGGAACUGGACUGCGAUACAUAACGCAGUUUUCAUUGCCCAUGUUUAGGUAUGCAAUCGGACGACGAUACGUAACGCGGUUGGCAUACCUCAGUUUUGACACCGGACGGCGAUACAUAACGCGGUGGUCAUAACUCGUGUUAAGCAGGCAGUGACGCUAGUUAAGCAGAGAGGUAGGGGCCCCGUCAUAAGAUAAAAUAUGCAAGAUACCUAGAAAGUGAAGAAGAAUUACAAGUUCAAGAACUCCUAAUAAUGUACUCCUAAUACUGUACUAAGUCAUUGCAUCACAUUUGCACCCAUAUGCAUGUUGCUUGAUUUUAUAUAUUAUAUAUAUGUAAAGAAUGGAAUAUAGGAUUAGGACUGACCCCAACGCCCGCAUUCAGGAGUUGCAAGCAAGCAUGAGUAUUCGGACCAUCGACUAAGAUAAAGUUGUUGCUCGAGAUGUCAUCGUUCGUCGCAAGGGUUAGUGAUUUCAGAAGUUUCCAAUUGAACCACUUUCACUUAUGUAAUCUUAUUAUUAGUAAGCUUGAGACUGAUACUGAUUUAUGAUUUUGUAACGAGAUGUUCCUAUGGUGAUUUGAAAUUAUUUUAUGAUAUUUUAAAUCAUUCCUUUUGCCUUGAAUAAAUUUUGAUUUCUCGAUGGCAAUUUGGUAAAAGUAGUGCUCGGCCAGGCUACGGUGUUACAGGCUGAUCGGCUUGUAACAGUGGCAUUUGCCUCCCUUUAAUAAUAAAAAAAAAAAAAUUAAAUGGUAAUUGUUAACUGUCUCCGAGACCGGAAGGGAAGGGUUAUGAUCUGAAUUGAUUUGACCGGACGGUGGACUGUUUUUCCAGCCGUUGAGAUGUGACCUGACUCAGUGCUUGAGGGAAAGCAACAAGGAAAUGCAGCUCCUAUUAUCAAUAGUUCACUGCCCAAAGCCAAUUUUGACUGUUUGGGAAUCCUUUCAUUGGAAACUUCAUCUAGGAUUCCCUUUGGACAAGACAAUCUUUAUUUGAGAUUUGGAAUUCAAAAUUUGGAUUAUUUUUGUUUACAUAGUAAUAGUAUUACUAUUGGCUGUGUAUUUUAUUCAAAAUGAAAAAAAUACAAGCUAUAAAUAUAUAAUUUUUCGUAAAGAUGUUUGGGCUUGAAGUCGAUGGUCGUUUGUCCCCGCACCGGUGGCGACAGGGGAGAAUUAGGGAUUUCAUUUUGGUGGGUAGUUGGGUUGGUGUGUCGGGUUGGAUCUGGUUAGAGGUUUUGGUAGGUUUAGAUGAGCUGGCGGGUUUCAAUGACUUGGCAGGUCGGGUCGGAUUAUUUUCGAAUUUAAUAGUGUCGAUUAGACGAUUCCAUACGCGACGUCAUCACUUAACAGACUCCUUUAAUGGAGAUGGUUGGCAGCUAAUUGAGAGUGACCAAACGUGAACAUGUGUUUUGUAAAGUGAAGUACCACCUAUGAAUUUAAAUAUUUCGAGUGACUAAACUUGAACAUUUUUUGUAAUCUCAAUGACCAACUAUACUAACCCUUUUAUUUUUGGAGUAGGAAAAUGCUUUAUUUUUAGAGGAUGUGCUUUACAAUAAAAGCUUAAUCGAUAAAUUAUAAACUCUCAUGAUGAUGUAGUAGGGAUAUGAUUUGAUAAGGGCUAAGAUCAGGUGACUAAGGGGGGGUCCCUUAGUCACAUGACUAAGUCAAUCUCAACCAUUAAGGUUCAUUAAAAUCUGAUGGUUCAAAUUAAUCUACUUUAAUGAGGGAUAAGUUGGUAAUUACAUAGUUUAUUUAUUUAAAAAUUAAAAUAAAAAAUAAACAACCGCCCAGGCCCAGCUACCUCCCGCCGGUCUGCAUCUUGCCCCCGCCCGCCGUCUGUUUCUGUUUCCCGCCGCCGGCGGUAUUUUCUUUUUUCCGCCUGGGUUUCCACCGUCCGGGCAUCAUCGGCGGCUUGUGAUUUUCGUUCCUCCUGGGUUCCCGGCGUCCCAGUCAGCACCGACGGCCAGGGAUGGGGAUGCGCCGCCGACCAGGAAUUUUGUUCCUGCGGGAUAUGGGAUUUAUAUCUCCCCAUUUGUUUGUGGCUUCCCACACGGAGAGAGAGAGAGAGAGAGAGAGAGAGAGAGAGAGAGAGAGAGAGAGAGAGAGAGAGAGAGAGAGAGAGAGAGAGAGAGAGAGAGAGAGAGAGAGAGAGAGAGAGAGAGAGAGAGAGAGAGAGAGAGAGAGAGAGAGAGAGAACUUUUCCGGCGACGGCGGAGCAGUUUCCCGGCGACCAGAGACGGUGGUGGAUGAUUUUCCGGCAACAGUAUUGAGUUCGUGAUGUUUGUAAUGUUUAUAUUACUAUUUUGUAUACAUUGUAAUGUUUGUAAUGUUUGUUUGUCUAGUUUGUAUACUUUAUGUUAUGAUUUAUACACUUUCUAUUCAUUGAUUUGUAUUUGUAACUUUUGUUAUUCAAGUUUGUAUACUUUUAUGUUAUGAUUUGUAUACUUUGUAUUCAUUUGUUUGUAAUACAAGUUUACCAAUCUGUAUUGUAAGUAGUGAUAUUCUGUACGUGUAGUAUGCUUUGUACUGUUUGUAAUGUUUGUUUGUAAUGUUUGUAAUGUUUGUUUGCAAUGUUUGUAAUGUUUUUUAUUUUGUAAUGUUUGUAAUGUUUGUUGGUUUCUUUUGUAUUGUUUGUAAUGUUUGUUAUUUUUGUCCACAUGUUUGUCAUUUUUGUCAACCAUGUUUGUAAUGUUUUUUGCAUCACAAAUCAAUACAUAUAAAGUAUACAAAUUAUUAGUACUUACAAUACAAAGCGAAACAUACUAAGAAUACAAGCAAAACAUACUAAGAAUACAAACUGUCAAAGAAAAACAUACUAAGAAUACAAACUGUCAAAGAAAAACAUACUAAGAGUACAAACUGUCAAAGAAAAACAUACAAACCAUACUGACAUUUUGUACAAAAAUACUAACAAUACAAACUAAUGUUACAAAACAUACAAACUAUACAAAUCACUGUUCUUCCUUCAGAUGACGAUACGAUGUCUCUCCACGUCGCCGCCGCUGCCGCCGUCGACGUCGACUCUCUCUACAGCCGUCGUUACCUCUCUCUCUCCAUCACCGCGCCGCUUCUAUCUCCUCCAUCGUCGUCGAAGCUCUCUCCGCCGCCUCUCUCUCCUCACCAUCGUCUCUCUCUCCUCUGUUUUCCGACGAGUAGAUCUACUUUCUCUCUCCAAGGCUGCCGCCUCUCUCUCCUCCAGCGUAGCGGCGUUCGCUAGAGAAUCGCCUCGCAGAUCGCCGAGAGAAAAUCGCUUGGCCUUCGUCGGGAAGAAAUCGGCUCGUCGUUGCUGGAGAAUCGCCUCGCCGUUCGCCGGAGAAAAUUGCCUCGCCCUUCGUUGGAGAAUCGCCUCGUCUCUCUCUCUGGACAAUACAACGGGAAAGGAAGAGAGAAUUGGAGAGGGGAAAAAGGAAAAAAUAAAUAAAAUGGAAAACAGGAUUUAAUUAUUUUUUUUAAAUGCCAAAACUACCCCUCUGAUUAAUUAUUAACCCUUCCUUCAUCUGGACCAUUAGAUCUACCCAUUCUAAUCUAAGGGCUGAGGGGAGCUUAGCCAUGUGACUAAGCACCCCCCCUUAGUCACCAGAUCCGGACUCGAUUUGAUAAUGACCGGACGAAAAUUCCUAACUGUUUCCAAGUUAGUAUCAGUGUCAUGUUUUCAAUACAAUAUUACUAACAGAAUUUCUAACCGAAAGUUAACAUUUGACUAAUUAAUAACAUUUUAAUAUUCAUGGACCACCGGUCGAACCAUUCCACUUGCUAAACCGGCACAAACCGGUUUGACAACCUUGCAAUGGAUUAAACCUUCCUGUGAAAAAAAAAAAAAAAGUCUUUACCUUUCUUUUCCCCUAUAUAUAAACCUUGGCGCAGUCUUCAACUAAACCUAAUGUGCUAGGGAUAUUUUCUUCACCCCCUCUCAAUUGCUUUCUUCUUCAUCUUCUCUCUUGUUCUUUAUGUCAUAGCUCUAUGCUUUGAUCCCUUUAUUAUUUAUGCCAUGAAAUAUGAUCGAUCGUCAUGUUAAUGAUAGCUGGCUAAGCAUCUGUUUAAGUUUAUGCACUAAAAAAGUUUUGUUCAAAGAAUUUCUCAAGUUUGUUCUUGUUGUAUACAUGCUUUUCAGAAAUGAGUUUCACUGUUGGAAUCCGAAAUUGCUUCACUGCAAAGUUCAGGGUUGGCUUUGUCCCAUUCAUCCUCCGUUUCCCUUCAUUUGAAAGAAAUUCCAAGCAGUGAUUUCCCGCUUUCGUCUCUGGCUUCGCCUCUGGCUUCGCUCUUUCUUGUUGCCCUUCGUCGGAGGCCGUCGAGUUCAGGGGCCUCACGGUGAGACCAUCCAUUGCUAUUCCGUUCUUUUCUCGUCGGGAAUUUAGAAUCCCUUUUCUGUUUGCUUAACUGGCGAUCGAAGUGUUUUUGCUCAACUCCAAUCUUGUCUUGUUUGGGUCUCUUCUUGUAGAGUUCCUCUGUUCGUCCGUGUUUCUUUGAGUCUGCUACUGAGUUCUUGACGAUCAAUUGAUCAAUGUGGUGAGUUUUUCGUCUUUCCCGUCUCCUUGGAUUGGUAUCUGCUAUUGAAUUUUUGGCUCCCGUCUGUAUCGUUUCUGCGAACCCUAAGUUUGAUGUCAAACUGAUUUCGAGUUUCUUUCCUUUUUCUUUAGAAUUACCUUGCUUUAAUCGGUAUGGAGGAUACCCUUUAGUUUGUUAGCUUGGAAUUUUGAUCUCAUUGGUGUCUGCGACUGGAGCUUAAACUCCCCACAGCUUAGUUUUCGUCGAACCCUUAUUUUACUUUCAGAUCGAUUUUGAACAACCUUUCUUUUUCUUUAGAAUCGCCUAACAUCAAUGAGGGUGGAGGAGACCCUUUAGUUUGGUUGCUUGGAAUCUUAGCUUAUUCUUAUCAACUGUUCAACUUAAGUCUUUUUUUCUUUCUGUAUCCUUGAAAUUUGGCUAACUGUUAUCUGGAGACCUUGAGUUAGUUUGUUUAGAAUAUUAGUCUAAUUCGUAGAUACAGUAGAAUCUUUUUUUUGUUUCUUCAAAAUCGGGUUCAUGGUUCUUCACAAGUUUGUUUAACUUUCAUGAAUCUUUCACUGCCAGAUUGCUCUUUUGCUUCUUUGAAUCUUUCGAAAGUCUCUAUUAAUCUAGUCUCUGUCGUAGCUCCUAAAUCUUUCAAAAGUUCCUUGUAUUGAUCCCUACUGUAGUAUAUUUUUGAUUUACUGUAAUUCUUCUGUCAAGUUCGAUGAAACUGGUGUUUUCAAGACUUACUAUUCAUUUUCAGCUUUUCUAUGGAGAUUUAUUACCUAGGCUGCCUAUACUAUGUCUCUAACUGUGAUUAUAUUACCUAGGCUGAAUACUGUUUUCCGCAAGGCUGGUAGCUUUAUCAGCGGGGUGUUCACUGGGACGUUUAACAAAAGGUGAGAAUAUGUUCUGUAUUUAAUAUUUUUUAUUUCUUUCUGUUUCUGGUAGUUUGCUGAUAGAUUCCAUCUGUCUUUAUUCUAGGAAGUUUGAUGCCAUAGAGAGGGCCGCGAGAGACAGCCAAGAUUUGCUCCACCAACUUGAUCAAUUGGAAAAGGCUGUUAUAGCCAAUGCCAACCAACUGACAGACUUAGAGAGUAGUAUUAAAAGUGCCAUUCGUGAUCAGCAGAGUCAUGUGUUAAUCUUCGUAUUGCUGUCUCGUAUUCAAAAGAUUCAAGAUGAAAACCGUAAUCUUUCUCUGAGAAUGCAAGCUGUUAUCACACAGCAGAAAGGUUGCGAAACUGUGAUAAAGAGGAUAAAGGCGGGAGAUGUAAGUGUUUUUUGCUGAUCCAUAGAUUCUGUGUUCAUUUAUCAAAGUAGCUGUACAAAGUUAUUCUCAUCUUGCAUAAUGUUGGUCUUUUUUUUUUUUUUAAUUUUGUGCUUGUUCAACUUGGUUUGUGAACAUUAUUUUGCAGGGCAAUCCUUCUUUGCUACUGCCAAAUCUCAACACUGCUGUUAAUGAGGAAGAUGCAGUAGAUCUCCAAACUGAAAAUAAUGCAAUUGAUUUUGUCCAUGUCGGUAACUUCAUAAACAUUUUAUUUCUUUUCUUGUUGAUAUAUUAUCUUAACAAUUUCAAUUCUUUUGCAGGAGGCUGUCUUUCUUGAUAUCAAUGUCCAUCCUCCUUUGGAAAAUGUUGCUAACAAUGGAAAUCAGGUACAUGAGGUGUUUUAUGUUAUGCAUUUUUUUGCUUUUUCAAAGUAUAUAAGUGUACUAUGGCUCACAUUGUCUUUUUUUUUUUUUUUACAAUUUUAGAAGAAUAACAUAUUAUGGAUACGUUAACUUAUAAUUAAUAAUGUCUUUAACUUAUUCUGCAAAUUUUUAUGAAAAAUACUAGAUAUACGUUAAAUCAUACAGAACCAAAACAACCCUCCGUUGUUCGAUGUAGAAACUACAUUAAUAUCAACCAAUAUGAAAUGCUCAUUAAGAACAAGAGCAUCCUUCGUCCACUCUCCAGACUCGGAACAAAACACGUCUAUCUUUAUAGAAUCGGGAAAGUGAUAUAUACAGACCAUCCGAAACCGAUAUGCAGAGGAAUAAACAAAUGGUUUUUGGCCAUCUCCUAGAUCAAGUUUAACAUUAGAGCGGGGUUCACAAACUAACCUUGCCUCUUUUAAUCCAAUCGUAGAAAACAGCCGCGUUUCAGGCGCUAGAGGAAGAGCGAUCCACUGCACCGUAAACGGGUUGCAGAGGAAGAGAGAUCUCGGAUAUUCGGCAUGAAAAAACCCUGCCUCGUUAAAUCCGCACAAAACCAAGUCCUUGUAGGAAUCAUAAACUCGGAAAUCCCAUCGUUGUACGAAACAAAAUUUAUCAGGCAGGAGGAGGAAGCUCAAAAUGGAUUUGCCGAAGCAUGAGGCCAUCAAAGGUGGUUCUUCGAAUUCGCCCCGCCGUAUCGUUCCCAUCUGCUCUGCUGGUGAGAAAUGAAACGGCCAACGAAGU